AUGACGACUCUUUUCACCGUACCGAUCAGCUCCACUGGAGGCUCGAUCGUCUGCACAAACCCUAGCACAGCGAAAGAGCAUGAGACCAUCUAUGUGCUCACUUUUAUUUCACCCCCGGACAACCGACUGACACCCAUAUUUAUUGAUGCUAUGCUGCUCGCCCUGGACAUUAUUGAGCACCGCUACCCCAAGGGCGUCGUAGUCACUACUAGUGGAAUUGCGAAGUUCUACAGCAAUGGGCUUGAUCUCGAUCUUGUCGCGAAAACCGAAGGGUUCCUUGAAAACUGGCUGUGGCGAUUGUUCCGGCGCCUUUUGACGUAUGUUUUGUUCUUGUGUCGCAUCCUCAGUUUGAGGACACAAUACCCCAUGCCAACCGUGUGUCUAUUAAAUGGACACGCUUUUGCUGGCGGCUUCAUGUUCGCCAUGUAUCAUGACUACAGAAUCAUGAACCCUGACCGUGGUUUCCUCUGUGUCAACGAGCUGGAAUUUGGCGUCCCGCUUCAGACGCCCAUGAUGUCUAUAUUCCGCGAGAAGCUGACACCAGUCACUUUCCGAAAUGUGGUUCUGGAAGCUCAUCGCUUUGGUGGACGCAAUGCCCUCGAGGCUGGCAUCGUUGAUGCCGUUGGUGGAGCCGAGGAAGCCCUUGCCCUGAUCCAGACACGCAAGCUCCAGACUAAAGCCGCCACUGGUAUCUACGGUACUAUGAAAGAGGAGAUGUACUCCCGUGUCUUGAACGGCUUGGAUGACCAUGCUGGAAACUUGCAGUGGCGGGAGAAGGUUGAAGAUAAGAAUCAAGCUGUUCAGAAAAGAGGGUUGGAGGAUGUACAACAAUUUGAGCAGAAUGGGAAAGCGAAGCUUUGA